AUGCUGCUGCUGCUGCUGCUACUGUUGCUGCUAGGACCUGGACCCAGACUCAAUGAGGCAACAAGGAGGUCACAUGUGUACAAGCGUGGGCUCCUGGAACUGGCAGGAACCUUGGAUUGUGUUGGUCCUCGAUCACCGGUGGCCUACAUGAACUAUGGCUGUUAUUGUGGCCUGGGUGGCCAUGGAGACCCACGUGAUGCCAUUGACUGGUGCUGCCACCAUCAUGACUGCUGCUACUCUCGAGCUCAGGAGACUGGCUGCAGCCCCAAGCUAGACCGCUACGCAUGGAAAUGCAUCGACCACCGCAUCCAGUGUGGACCUGCAGAGAACAAAUGCCAAGAACUUCUGUGCAAGUGUGACGAGGAGCUUGCGUACUGCCUUGCAGGAACAGAGUACCACCUGAAAUACCUCUUCUACCCCUCGGUUUUAUGUGAGAAGGACUCACCCAAGUGCCACUGAUAGGCUGGUCUUGAAAUGUUCGUUUGCCCAGGAAAUGAAGUUUGCUUUCAGUAAUGAACAACUUCAUUCAAUUUCUGCAGGAGGUAGUGGGAGCCAGGUGAUAAAGCCUUGUGUUUGCUUUCUCCCUCCAUUCAGGAACUUGGGACUGUUAGCCUGUGGAGUGGCUAGUUUGAUGAAAGCUGGGUCCUGGGUCUGUCUUAUACAGCCACCACUGUGCUGUACUGCUAUCAGUUUUGAAACAGUGUGCUAUCUUCUAACCUGCGGUUGAUGGCUGGGGGUCAACUGGGGAUGAACUCCUGCUUGUAGGCUUGGCUGUGGUAAUAAGA